GGGGAGCCGGUGGAGAUCCAGCCCUUCAGCACGCUGCUCUCUUACGUCCCGUCCGUGAGCAGUGAGCUGGCCGCGGCGGAGAUUUCUCCUUAUGGUCGGAUCUUAUCUUUUCUCCAACUGAGCUCUUUCUAGUCUUUUUCGCGCUUGGCACGGAUUGGGAGAGGAUCGGCGGCGCGUCGGUGCGUAAAUAGCCUGCGAAUCUGUUCCGAGGCUGCGCCUCCGUGGCAAUGGAUUGAUUUGGGUGUUUUUUUCUCCGACCUCUGCCUCGACCAAGUUGAGAAAACAGUCUGUAACCUGCGGCUCCCUCCUUCCAGCUACAUGUUUGAUCCGCUCACUUCUAAAAGUACCUGGAUCCGGGGCUUUCUGCGCCUUUUAGGACUUUGAACUUUUUUUCCCCUCUUUGUGCAUUUGCAGGAGUGGCCGGGGAUUGUAAGGAUUUAUUUUUAAUUUUUUGGAAAAGGAAAAGCUUCUCCGGGGUUCUUCUUUGUGAGAAGUGAUGGCCGAGCGGGGAGCUCUGUGGCUCCUCUCUCUCCUCUGGCUCACCUUUCUCUCCACGGAGACCAGCGCCGCGAAGCAUGUCGACAAAGGUUCAGCAGCUCACCCCUUCAGCCCCUUCUGGUUAACGGUGGAGCCCCAGGACACGCUGGCCAUCCGGGGAAACUCGGCUCUGCUCAACUGCUCGGCACACAGCGACGCCGCCACGCCGGCUCGCAUCGAGUGGAAGAAAGACGGCACGUUCAUGAGCCUGGUGUCGGACGAGAGGCGGAACAUCCUCCCCGACGGGUCGCUUCUCUUCACCCACGUGGUCCACUCCAAGCACAACAAGCCUGACGAGGGAACCUACCAGUGCGUCGCCACCAUCGACAACCUGGGAUCCAUCUCCAGCCGCACGGCGCGACUCUCAGUAGCAGGAAUGCCCCGGUUCGUCAGCCAGCCGUCGGCCGCCUCGGUGCGUCUCGGGGACAGUCAGGUGAUGGCCUGUGAGGUGAACUCGGAUCUGGUGCCGUUCACCCGCUGGGAAAAAGACCGCCAGCCGCUGGAACUGAGCUCCAGACUGGUGCAGCUGCCCAGUGGAGCUCUGGUCAUCAGCAACGCCUCGGAGGCCGACGCCGGCUCCUACCGCUGCCUGGUGGAAAACGUCGGCUCCUCCAAGUCCAGUGACGAGGCCCAGCUCCAGACACUGCCAGAAACUGGAGAAGACAGGAAGCUGGAGCUCCUGGUGCAGCCAUCACCGGUGGCCAAAGUGACGGGCUCCAGCGUUCUGCUGCCAUGCGUCGUCGCAGGUUUCCCUGCGCCACACAUUCAUUGGAUGUUUGGAGACAAGCUGCUGGAUGAAAGCGAGGGUCGUGUGGAAAUGCUGGGUGGAGGAAGUCUCCAGAUCUACAACCUGACGGAGGAGGAUACCGGCAUCUACACCUGCGUGGCCGAAAACUCCAACAGCAGCAUCGAAGCUCAGGCCCAGCUCACAAUACAAGUUCCUCCGCAGUUUGUCAAGCGACCAGCCAACAUUUACGCCCAUGAGUCCAUGGACAUCGUGUUUGAAUGCGAGGUGUCCGGGUCGCCUGCUCCCACCGUUAAAUGGGUGAAGAACGGAGACGCUGUCAUCCCCAGCGACUACUUCAAAAUAAUCAAGGAGCACAACCUGCAGGUCCUGGGUCUGGUCAAGUCAGACGAGGGUUUCUACCAGUGCCUGGCGGAAAACGACGCAGGAAACAUCCAGUCCAGCGCACAGCUCAUCAUCCUGGAUCACGACGUAGCCCUGCCCUCCUUCCCUCCCCCCUCACUGACUCCUAACACUACUGACCAUGUAACGCCAGGCUCCGGAGGUGUAGCCGGCCCAGCAGGUCCCACCCCCUCCGCCCCCAGAGACGUCGUGGCUUCGCUGGUCUCCACCCGAUUCAUCAAACUCACCUGGAGACAGCCAGCUGAACCGCACGGGGACGAGCUCACCUACUCCGUUUUCUACAGCCAGGAGGGCAACAGCAGGGAGCGAGUGGUGAACACCAGCCGUCCAGGGGAGAUGCAGGUCACCAUCCAGAACCUGAUGCCAGACUCCAAAUACCGCUUCAGGGUGGUGGCCCACAACAGCAACGGGCCGGGAGAGAGUUCUGCAGCGCUCAGAGUGGCCACCCAGGCUGAAGUCCAAGUCCCCGGUCCGGCUCCCAACCUGCAGGCGGUGUCCAACACGCCUACCUCCAUGUCCCUGAGCUGGGACAAACCGCUCACCGGCAAUGGAGAAAUCCUCACCUACAAGCUGUACUACACGGACAAGAGCGUCGGCACCGAACAGGACGUGGACAUCGACGGUCAGUCCUACACCCUGACGGGGCUGAAGAAGAACACCGAGUACAGCUUCAGGGUGGUGGCCAACAACAAGCACGGUCCAGGAGUUUCCACUGAAGACGUCACUGUUCGCACGCUGUCUGAUGUACCGAGCGCUCCUCCUCAGAACCUGACCCUGGAGGUCCAGAACUCACGGAGCAUCAUGCUUCGGUGGCAGCCUCCACCCCUGAGCGGCCAGAACGGGGAGAUCACCGGCUACAAGAUCCGCUACCGGAAAGGAUCCAGGAGGAGCGAGACGGCCGACACCAUCGGAGGAACCCAGCUGUACAAACUCAUCGAUGGUCUGGAGAGAGGAACCGAGUAUUCUUUCCGGGUGUCGGCUAUGACGGUGAACGGAACCGGACCGGCGACUGAGUGGAUCACAGUGGAGACGUUUGAGAGCGACCUGGACGAAUCCCGUGUGCCGGACCAGCCCAGCUCCCUGCACGUCCGGCCGCUGGUCAACAGCAUCGUGGUGAGCUGGACGCCGCCCGAGAACCAGGACAUCGUGGUCCGAGGUUACUCCAUCGGCUACGGCAUCGGCAGCCCCCACGCCCAGACCAUCAAAGUGGACUACAAGCAGCGCUACUACACCAUCGAGAACCUCGACCCGAGUUCGCACUACGUCAUCACUCUGAAGGCCUUCAACAACGUGGGCGAAGGGAUUCCUGUGUACGAGAGCGCCAUCACCAGGCCGCAGUCGGACCCCAUGGACCCCGAUGUUGACCUGUACGAACUCUUCCAUGCUCCAUACACCCCAGUACCAGACCCCACCCCCAUGAUGCCUCCCGUGGGCGUUCAGGCCUCGGUGCUGAGCCACGACACCAUCAAGGUGACCUGGGCCGACAGCUCGCUGCCCAAGAGCCAGAAGAUCACAGAUAACCGCUACUACACGGUGCGAUGGAAGACCAACAUCCCGGCCAACACCAAAGUUAAGAUGGCCAACACCACCAGCCUGAACCACAUGGUGACGGCUCUGAAGCCCAACACGCUCUACGAGUUCUCCGUCAUGGUGACCAAAGGCCGGAGGACCAGCACCUGGAGCAUGACGGCGCAGGGCACCACCUUUGAGACCAUCCCCAGCUCCUCGCCGAAAGACGUGACCGUGGUGAGCAAAGAGAACAAACCUCGCACCAUCAUCGUCAACUGGCAGCCUCCAUCCGAAGCCAACGGAAAGAUCACUGGCUACAUCAUCUACUACAGCACCGAUGUGAACGCCGAGGUCCACGACUGGGUCAUUGAGCCGGUGGUGGGGAACCGGCUGACGCACCAGAUCCAGGAGCUGACGCUGGACACCACCUACUACUUCAAGAUCCAGGCCCGGAACUCCAAGGGGAUGGGCCCCAUGUCUGAGGCCGUGCACUUCCGCACCCCUAAGACUGAGUCCUCUGACAAAAUGGCUAAUGACCAAGCUUCAAAUCCUCCACCGAAGCCGGGACCUCCAGGAAACCACAACCCAGUGGACACCGGGACCUCAGUGGGUAAAUCAGGGGUCGGCGGCAGUGAGAGCCACAUCCUGGUGAUCGUCAUCAUCAUCUCGGUGGGAGCCUUCACCAUCAUCGUGGUGGUGGUCGGAGCCUUCCUCUGCACCCGGAGAACCACGUCCCACCAGAAGAAGAAGCGAGCUGCCUCCAAGUCCUCCAACGGCUCCCACAAGUACAAGGGGAACUCCAAAGACCUGAAGCCUCCCGACCUGUGGAUCCACCACGAGAGGCUGGAGCUGAAGCCCAUGGACAAGUCCCCGGAGCCCAACCCGGUCAUGACCGAGACGCCCAUCCCUCGCACGUCGCAGGACAUCACGCCGGCCGACAGCGGCCUGGAGAGCAACCCUCACCUGCAGCAGAGACGCAACUCCUACCGCGGCCACGAAUCAGAGGACAGCAUGUCUACACUAGCAGGCCGCCGAGGGAUGAGGCCUAAAAUGAUGAUGCCUUUUGACGCUCAGCCGCCUCAGCCUGUGAUUAGUGCUCACCCCAUCCAUUCCCUCGAUAACCAUCACCACCAUUAUCACAUGGGCAGCCUGGCGUCGCCGACACGCAGCUACCUCUACCACCAGGGGCACCCUCGCCCUCACGCCUGCGCCUCCCCCAUCUCCCAUCUAGACAGGGUGGACUCCUCAGAGUCGGUGAGGAACACCCCCAGCUCGGAGCCCCUGCCUCCGGCCACCGCCUCCUCCCAGGCCUCCUGCCCCUCGGAGAUCCUGGCCGACCCCGAGGGCAGCUACCACGGCUCCACCACCGCGGAGGAGGAGCCCAGCUACUCCAGCAACCUGCCGCCUCACCGCUCAGCGCACCCCCACGCCCACCCGCUCAAGAGCUUCGCCGUUCCCGUCAUCCCGGCCUCCAGCCAUCCGUCGUACGAGUCCCCCGCCCUGCCCAGCACCCCGCUGCUCGCUCAGACCGGGCCUCCCACUCACCCCCACGUGGUGAAAACAGCUUCCAUUGGAACUCUGGGAAGGACACGAACACCGAUGGCCGUCACCGUGCCCAAUGCCCCCGACGUGCCGGAGACCAGCAAGAUGCUAGAAGACGUGGACAAUGUGCUUGCCUCCCUCGCCCCCUGUCCCUCCCCCGCCCCCCGCAGUAACCCUGUUCCUCUCCCCCAGAGCUACGAGCCCGACGAGCUGACCGAGGAGAUGGCCCACCUGGAGGGCCUGAUGAAGGACCUGAACGCCAUCACCACAGCGCCCUGAGCAUGCACUCACACCCGAAUCAAACGCACCCUCUCCGUCAAACACACACAUUUACAGGGACACUUUAAAUCAAACGCACCCAAACGUUCGGAGCCGGGAAGCCGCUGGACGCUAAAGUGGCUUCUGGUGUCCGAGAAAAACACAAAACUCUCCCGUCGCCCCUCUGCAGAGAUUAAAAAAAAAAAAAGCAAAACCUCCACCAGACUGAACCCUUUUUCGGCUCACCUCGCUCAGUCUCAGGAAGGAGAUGGCCAUGAGAGGAAGAAAACGUGAACAAUCAUUCUCAGAGACGAUGAACUUUUAGAACAUUGGUCGCUUUUCAACCGGAAGAUUGUGAAUUUUUCUUUCUUUUUCCUCAGCAAAAAAAUCGGUUCCAGUUGGAGACGGUUGAUUCAGUGUCAAAAUGGAGAAAGUCCAAAAACGUGCUGGUUUUUAGAUGUCAGUGCUGGAGGCGGCGCCGUCGACAGUGUUGGUUUGAUUCGUGUUUCUUUGUGCAUUUUGUAUAUCUAUUGGGCCGUUUCAGUGAAGUGAACAUUGGAGUCCAGCCCCUCCUUUACAAGCCUACAUUAUUCACAAACUUUUUUUUUGCUUUGACCCCUUGUGUCAUAUAUUGUGCCAUGACUUUUUAUUAUUUUCUAUGUUAUUGUAUUAUUUUUUUUACACACAUAUCCUUAUAAACGUGUACAUAUGUUGUUGUUUUUUUUCUUAAACUGCCUCAUUCUUUGGAUGUUUCAUUUCUUAUUGUUUGGGAUGAAAGUGGGAUGAAGCUCAGUUUUCAUAUCAGUGGCGAAGGAGAAGCGCCGUGUUUCUACAUUCUUCUCGCCCCCUUUGUACAUUAAAAUGUUCUUUCCUUCAGUUUGUCGUGGGAGCUCCGUUUUAAAAGCCUUACCAACGUGUUUGUAUGUCGGCCGGCCGACACGACUCGGUGUCCCGGCUCGGCUCGGCUCGGCGCUGUCACCGUGGGACUCGACAGCUUCUCCUCACAGGUCGGGGGAACCCAGGACUCAGGGCGCUGAUCCCACCCCUCCGAAAAGAACAAACCAAUCAACCACAGCAGACCAGUUGUCUUUUCUACGAUCGAAUGUGUGUGACGUUUCCAAAAAGAACCAAUAUUUGGUUUCAGACAUCGCGCGUGCAGCCCAGUGUUUGUUGGUUUUCUUGUUUUUCUUUCCUGCUGUCGUUCAUCAACGCCGCGGUUCUUUUACUAAAUCUUCUCAGAUGCAAAGAUGUUGGCCUUUUGAAGGGCACUCCCAGAUUUUUUUUUACAUGGUAGGUUUUGUAUGAAGUAAAAAAAAUGAGAAGCUUGUUCUAAACACAGAUCCGAUGUUAAAAAAAAAAAAAAAAAGGUAAAAAACGUUCAUUAAGAAGCUAGUUUUUCAUCACCCUCUUACCCAAAGAAAGCUGUCAUUUGCAAUCAUAGUAAUUUGCUCUACUUUUGUGAAUACCAUGUUUCUCAUUAAUGUACAUCGUCAUGAAUGUCAAUAUAACUGUAAGAGAUUUAACUAUGGAGAAAACGCGGAACGAGCGAUUGAGAAAAAAGGACCGGACUCCGUUUGGGAAAUAAUCUAUCGAGUUGUAAACAGUCGAACCUGUAUUGCACUUUUUCACAAUUUUUGGAAAGUACAUUUCUUACAUAUCUUGUGUUUUAAAUAUCAGAAGCUGUUUGUGUAACGUAGUGUCCUAGGUAAGCAGCAGGCAGCUGGUCUUGUUUUUUAUGUUUUUCUGUUGUUUCUUUUUUUUUUUGCUUCAGAGACGAUAUGAAUCGAGCAGCGAGUCGUUCACGUCGCAGCUCAUGAUGAGGAAUUUGUUGUUGCUUGUUCAUGUACAGAGCUUUCUUUGCUUUCUGUAGAAAAAAAACGAAAUCUGUGGCUUUUUAAAAAAUGUUGAAAAACGAUCUGGAAAAAAAGAUGUUUUUUAUUGGUGCUCCUAUACAUUGUGUAUACAAACUAUAAUGAAUACUAACAAAGUAAA